CUCUCUCUCUCUCUCAGUUUUCAUGUCAUUGCAGCUCCUCCUUCUACAUCAAGCUCUGCUGCGCUUCAGGACUCCAUCAGAGAGCAGAGAAACUCAAACACACACACACACACACACACACAUGCUGAUGGAGUACACAUACUUGCUGCUUCUGUGGGUCAGCGCACUCAUGCCAGGGCCGCGGACAUGCUUUAAUAUUGACACGAGACGUGCAAAAGUCAUCAAGGGCUCGAGAGAGGCUCAGUUUGGAUAUACGGUUCAGCAACACGAGGCCGAUGGGCAGAAAUGGCUCCUCGUUGGAGCUCCCUUUGAGACCAGCGGUGAACACCAGACAGGCGACGUCUACAGAUGUCCACUAGAAAGCAAACGCACAAACUGCACACGACUGCAUCUAGGAAAGAUAUCGCUGAACAAUGUUUCGGAACGCAGAGAUAAAAUGAGGUUGGGAAUGACUCUGGCUACAAACCCAAAGGAUAACAGCUUUGUGGCGUGUGGGCCGCUGUGGUCAUAUGAGUGUGGAAGUUCCUACUACAGCACCGGCAUCUGUUCAAGAGUCGACAGCAACUUCAACUUCACCCAUAGCAUCGCUCCAGCCUAUCAGAGAUGCGAGACCUACAUGGACAUAGUGAUUGUGUUAGACGGGUCGAACUCCAUCUACCCCUGGUACGAGGUUCAAGAUUUCCUGAUCAAUGUGCUACAGAAGUUUUACAUCGGUCCAGGACAGAUCCAGGUAGGGGUCGUCCAGUAUGGUGAAAGAGUCGUGAACGAAUUUCGACUGGAUGAUUUCCGUACAGUCGACGAGGUUGUGGCAGCAGCUAAAAAUAUCGACCAGCGAGGCGGAGAGGAAACACGGACUGCUCUCGGGAUUAAUGUGGCUCGAACUCAAGCAUUUAAACACGGAGGUCGUCCAGAUGCUAAAAAAGUCAUGAUUGUCAUCACGGAUGGAGAAUCGCACGACAGUCCAGACCUGAAGGCAGCCGUGGAGGAAAGUGAGAAGGAUAAUAUCACCCUGUACGGCAUUGCGGUUCUUGGCUACUAUAAUCGACGAGGGAUCAAUCCUGAAGCUUUUCUGAGGGAAAUCAAGUUCAUCGCCACCGAUCCAGACGAGCACUUCUUCAGCGUCACAGACGAGUCUGCUCUGAAGGAUAUCGUCGACGCUCUGGGAGAGAAAAUCUUCAGUUUGGAGGGCACCAACCAGAAUGGUACAGCUUUUGGUUUGCAGAUGUCUCAAGCCGGAUUCUCUUCGCAUAUCGUAGAGGACGGGAUACUGGUUGGUGCAGUUGGUGCUUACGACUGGAACGGAGCGGUUCUGAAAGAGACCCGACAUGGUAAAGUCAUCCCACCAAAGUCUUCUUAUAUGAAAGAGUUCCCGGAGGAGCUGAAGAACCACGGAGCGUAUCUGGGGUAUAUGGUGUCGUCGGUGGUCUCUGCUCAUCACGGUCAGCUGUACGUCGCUGGAGCGCCCCGAUUCAACCACACAGGGAAAGUGGUCAUUUUCACUCUGACCAACAGCGGAAACCUCACCAUACUCUAUUCUCUCUACGGGAAGCAGAUCGGGUCGUAUUAUGGAAGUGAACUGGCACCGAUCGACGUGGAUGACGACGGAUUAACGGAUCUUUUACUGGUCGGAGCUCCAAUGUACUUCUAUAGAGGAUGGGAGAAAGGAAAAGUUUAUAUCUACACCGUAGGUUUACAGGGCUCUUUUAUACCAGAUGGGACUCUUGGUCCGUCAGAACAUUCCCAUGAUUCUCGGUUUGGGGCGGCCAUGUCGGCUCUUCCGGAUCUGAAUGGUGACGGUUUCAGCGAGCUGGUAGUCGGUGCACCAUUGGAGGACAACCACAGAGGAGCCAUUUACCUCUUCUACGGGCUGAAAAACAGCAUACAAACCAAAUAUAAACAGAGGAUAUCGGGCAUUGAGCUGGCUCCAGGACUGCGUUAUUUCGGCCGCAGUGUUCACGGGAUGAUGGAUCUGAAUGGAGACGGGCUCGUAGAUCUGUCUGUGGGCUCUUUUGGGGCCGCAGUUCUGCUCUGGUCUCGCAGUGUCGUCCGUGUUGGCAUCGGCGUUCAUUUUGAGCCCUCAAAAAUCAACGUUUUUAAUAAGGACUGCAUUCGAGGAGGUCGUGAGGUGUCGUGUAUGCUGGCCACGGUUUGCCUGAACGUCACAGCGAGGACGCCGAUGACGGAUCCAAAAAGAGUCGCGCUGAGGUACAGCUUUGGUUUUGAGGAGACUGGCUAUUUCCCCCGAGCCGUGUUGGACAGCACAGAAGAGAGCAGAGACGUCACACUGCGGCCCGCAGCGCAACACUGCCAACAACUCCACUUCCACGUUCAUGAAGUGACAGACUACACGCGACCUCUGACCUUCACUGUAAAUGUAGGCCUGCAGAGAGCAGAUGAAGGACCGGUGCUGGACGACGGCUGGCCAACAAGCCUGCGGUCAGAGCUUCCUUUCUGGAACGGCUGUGAUAAUGACGAUCAGUGCGUUCCCAACCUCAUCCUGCAGAGCAGCUCCGACUUGUUAGAUCUCAGGGAGUUCUGCAGCCGUGAUGAGCGCUCCUCGUGGCCGCCGUGUGUCGAUCAGAGCUCCAUAAAGACCCCUGAGCGUUUGGUAGAGUCCAGCAGGAGGAAAGUAGUGGUGGAGACGCACUUGGAGAACAGAGGAGAGAACGCGUACAACUCCAUCCUGCACAUCACACACUCUCCAAACCUGCACUUCUCCAGUCUGGUGGUGAAGGCACCUUCAGACAUUGCCAUCGAGUGCCCGAACUCUGACGAUACGAGUCUCUACCGAACCUGCAACGUCAGCGCACCAUUCAUGAGGGCCAGCGCUCAGGUCUAUUUUCGCCUGGAGUUUGAGUUCAGCAGAUCUGUCUUCUUAAACUACGUCAACAUCUCACUGAGGGUCUCCAGUGAAGGUGAAGAGAUGUUUCCAGAGGACAACGUCAAUAACAUUCAUCAUAAUCUGAGAUAUGAGGCUGAUCUUCUCUUCACAAGAGACUCCAGUCCGUCCCGCUUUGAGAUCAAACCUGAACAGGCUCAGAGCGUCUCUGUCGGGUCUGGACCUCCGUUUAACCUCUCUUAUCAGAUCCAGAAUCUUGGCCUGUUCCCCGUCUCUGAGCUUCUCUUUACAUUAAACGUCUUCGCCGUGACCAGAAAAGCAAACACUCUUUUGCACCUCUCAGACCUGUAUAUCCAGCAGAUGCCGGGAUCGCUCUGCAGUUUUCCACGUGUCAUCACCGCCGGCUCCUCCUCACAGGAAGAAGAUCUUUCCCUCAAUGCACACAUGAACGCCUCCACCAGUGACGCAUUAUUAGCACAGUGCCGAUUCAACCUGUCUCCACAAGCAGACGUUAGCAUCACCGUCACAGGAUGGCUCAAUCUUCACACUUUAUUAGCCGUGAAGUUUAAGCGUUUGGAUCUGGUAAUGACGGCCACAGUUGAAUUGAGCCCUUCAAACCCAAUGUUUCUCCAUGAGGAACGGCCCAUGAGACACAUUAUCCUGGAGAUUAGAAAGGAGGAAGAUUACCGGAUCCCCGUCUGGGUGAUCAUCGGCAGCACUCUUGGAGGACUGCAGCUUCUGGCCCUGCUGGUGCUGGCCCUCUGGAAGCUCGGCUUCUUCCACAGGCAAAAGAGAAAGAGAGACGAGCAGGAAGCCAAUGAGAAAACAGCAGAGGAUCGGUAACAACAUGGCAACCGCCUCAGCCAAUCACUCAGGGACUCUCCAGAUGCGGGAGUGUGUCAGCCAACCAGCUGCUCUGCAGCUCUCCCACAAGUCUGAUGCACAACCAAUCAGCUCGCUUGAUGCGUGGCCAAUUAAAAGCGAGGAAAUAAAGCAGAAUUUGAAUAUAAGCAAAAAGAUUGAUAAUGUUAACUAGUAAACGAAAAAUACAGAUGAAUAGGCUUCAGUUUUGAACCAUAGUGAGGUUUUGGUGCUGAUUAAUAGUUACCAAUAUUAAAAAUAAUAAAUAAUAAAUGUGUAUCAUGAAACAAACCUCAGAUUGUAGACCCUCAGCAUGAACUCGAGCUGAUGCACUUGCACAUUGUAAAGAAUUUUGAACUUGAAAUUUGUAAAUACCAAAAAAAAAAGAAAAGUUCAGCAAUAUAAUGUCAAACAAUGGUGAAAUAUUUAACCGUAAAAUGAUUAAUAUCGUGCACCUUAAUGCAUUUUAUUGCUCAUGACUGUUUUGUGUAUAUAAAAUGUGCUUUUUUAUUGUAUCUGGUCAUAAGUUUAUAUUACAGAACGAGUUUUGUUGCAGAAGAUUUUA